AUGCUCACUGAACAUGAGAAGGAAAUUUGCGAUGCCAUUCACGCCGAUCUCAAGAAGCCUCGCCAAGAAUGUUUGGCUCUUGAAAUCCUCCCUUUGAAAUUAGAAAUCACCAAUCAAAUUAUCAAUCUGAAGUCCUGGGCAGGAGAGAAAAGACUCCAUCGGACGUUUUUAAGCCUAAUGGAUACAGCAAGUGUCCAACCACAGCCUUACGGAUUGGUUCUUGUCAUUGGGGCCUGGAACUACCCAGUGUAUCUUUCACUGAUGCCUCUUGUUGGAGCUAUUGCGGCGGGAAACGCAGUUGUUCUGAAGCCUUCGGAGCUAGCCCCCGAGACGGAGGCUAUACUCGUCCAACUGAUACCGCAGUACUUGGAUGAGACAAUUUGCCAAGUAUUUACCGGGGGUGCUGAGGAAACAUCCAAUCUCCUGGCCACUCAGCGCUUUGAUUAUAUUUUCUACACGGGCGGAUGUAACGCAGCCAGGAGCAUCCUCUCGCAGGCCGCCAAGCACCUUACUCCUGUCACUCUGGAAUUGGGCGGAAAGUGCCCCGUCUUCGUGGACACCUCGGCUGAUCUGGACAUGACCGCGAAGCGUUUAACGUGGGCCAAGUGUGUUAAUGCCGGUCAAACCUGUGUGGCCCCCGACUACGUCCUCUGUCACCCAAAAGUUCUCGUACGGUAUUUGUUUUUCUUUCCUUUCAAAAUAUCCUUUGUCAUCCUUUAUUUUACUCUGGGCUGCAUUGCUGACAAAUUGAUAGAACUGUGCAUCUCCUUCGCGAAGGACUUUUUUGGGGAGGAUCUCGCGAAGUCGGAUGACUUUGGUCGCAUUAUAAACGAGAGGCAUGCUGGACGCCUCUGCGGUCUUCUUAAGAACACAAAAGGCCAAGUCGUCUUUGGAGGACGGACUGAUCUCACUGACAAAUUUGUUGAAUUCACCAUUUUGAAGAAUGUCCCUCAUGAUGACGUUCUGUUGAAAGACGAGAUCUUUGGACCCAUCCUUCCGAUCAUCACAGUCCUGUCUUACCAAGAAGCCAUCGACUUCGUGAGGGUCAGGGAGAAGCCACUGGCAAUCUACGUCUACUCUUCAGCCAAGGACGUGUGUGAUGCAUGGAAAAAUCAGACGUCUUCGGGAUCACUAGUCUUUAACGAAUGUAUAAUGCAGCUCUCAGUGCCAAACCUGCCCUUCGGAGGCGUUGGGAAUUCCGGCAUGGGACGGUAUCUCGGAGAGGCGUCCGUAGCUACAUUUUCAAACCCCCGAUCCAUUCUCGAUAAGUCAACUUCGGAAUUGUUGAAUAACAAAUUCCGCUACCCACCUCACACUGAAAGUCACGAGAAUUGGGUUCGUUGGGGUCUGUCGAAAAGGGAAUCUUACUGCAACAUCUUAUAG